CAAAAUGUCAUCUUUAAUUACAAUUUACAAGAAACUAUUAUUAUUAAUCAAAUACAAAUAUUUUGAAAAUAAUCAGUAUUGCAGCAACCCAUAUUAAAUUCCAAAAUUGCAUGCUGUUGAGGGAAAGCAUAUUUUUCCAUAAUAAAUAUUUUUAAUGAUUAUAAUUAUUAUGUAUAGUAUAUAAUUAUAUAUAUAUUGAGCAAUAUUUCCUACUGCACCAGUAAUAUGGCUUUGAUACAGAAAAUUAUUAAUAUAAUAUUUUUCAUGAUAUUAUCAAGGCCAAAGGAUGAUAAGGCAUUGUUGCACUUGUUAACUGUCACACAUAACUGCUUGACAAUGCUAAGAAACAGCUUGAACUUCAAAUAGAUUAAAAAAAUCUAUUCAAAUAGUAGCAGAAAUGAAGUGAAGACYAAGGUUUGCAUAUGAGAGGAAUAAAUUAGUUCAAGGUGUUAACUUUGUACUGCUUUGUACUGAUUAAAAGCUUUUUCAAUAUUAAAAUAUACAAUAUGUCUUGCUAGCCCUGGGAAAACUGACUUUAGAGUGAGGCCCCUUUCUGAAUUAUAUAUAAUUUGAAAUGAUUUGGCCAAUCAAAUCCCAGUAACCCAAGCAUAAGGUUUAGUACACCAAGGUGUAUUCUUCCUUUUCUGUGCAUUAUUUCAAACAGCAUGAGACUGCAGAACAUGCAGAUAAAUUAGUAAAUUGUCUACAAUGACUUCUUGUACUCCAGUAAAAACAUUUAAAUGCCAUUUUCCAUGUUAACUAUGGAUAAAUGUACCAAGAAUGAGUCCUUACCACCAGUUACACAGCCUGAUGGGCCUAGUAAGGAAAAUGAAGUUGUUCAGCCCAGUGAUGAUUAUCAGUCCCUUGAAAUUCAACUUGAAAGGGGUGGAGCUGGCCUGGGGUUCAGUAUAGCUGGRGGGACUGAUAACCCKCAUAUUGAUGAUGACUUUGGGAUAUAUAUAACAAAAGUUAUCAAGGGUGGUGCUGCRGCACAAGAUGGACGACUACAGGUUAAUGAUUGUAUAGUGUCAGUCAAUGGUACAACUACUGUGAAUGUAACUCAUCAACAAGCUGUUGAUGCCCUGAAGGCUGCUGGUAGUCAUGUUUCAUUGAGCAUCAAGAGAAAAAUUCCUAAAGGAAAAGCUCCUCAGAAGCAAGAAAUUGUUCUUUCUAAAGGCACAAAAGGCCUUGGUUUUAGUAUAGCUGGUGGUCAUGGCAACCAACAUGUCCCUGGCGACAAUGGUAUAUACAUUACAAAGAUUAUYGACGGUGGAGCAGCUCAGCAAGAUGGCAGGUUACAAGUUGGUGAUAAGAUUAUUAGUGUUAAUGAUAGCAACCUUGAAGAUGUUUCACAUGAAGACGCCGUAGCAGUCUUGAAAGCAACAAAAGAACUAGUUACAAUAGUUAUUAGUAGAAUUACUGCAUAUUACAGUCAGGAUGAGACAGAGACUCCUAAACCCAUGACUGAACAACCACCACCUCCACAACCAACUCCCCCUCCGACUCCUAAAGCUGGUGAAAAUGGUGAUAUCACCAAUCACAUCCCAAAAGAAAURCCUAGUACUGUAGAAAAGACAAAUACUUUGACUAAAAAAGCAGCKGCUGUACCUGAAGAUGACUUCACAAGGCAAGUCAGACGGAUCACCUUGAAUAAAGGACCCAGUGGCCUUGGUUUCAAUAUUGUUGGUGGCGAGGGAGGGGAGGGUAUAUUUGUAUCAUUUAUCUUGGCAGGUGGUGUAGCGGAUCUUAGUGGGGAACUACGAAGAGGGGAUCAGAUUCUAGCAGUGAACGACACGGAUCUUGCCACUGCGACGCACGAACAAGCAGCGGCUGCUCUAAAAGGUGCUGGCAGCACUGUAACCAUAACAGCACAGUACAAACCCGAAGAAUACAACCAGUUUGAAGCCAAGAUUCACCAUCUUCGCGAAAAAAUGAUGAACAGUAGUAACGCUGGAGUCGUAACGUCAGUAAAACGACAACUWUACGUCAGGGCUUUAUUUGACUACGACAAGACAAAGGACAGCGGUCUUCCUAGUCAGGGGCUCAGCUUCCAAUAUGGCGAUAUYUUGCAUGUUACUAAUGCUAGUGACGACGAAUGGUGGCAGGCGCGAAAAUUAAAUGCCGUAGGRGAGGAGGAAGGACGAGGUGUCAUCCCUAGUAAAAGAAGAGUUGAAAGACGAGAAAGAGCAAGGAUGAAAACAGUGAAAUUCACUCGAACAAACGACGAUAAAUUACGUGGUUCUUUUAAUGAUGGUUCAGGCAGUACUCGAAAACGAAGUUUUAAAUUUUCCAAGAAACUACCAUUCUUCAAGAAAGAAUCAGAAAACGAAACGAGUGAUAUCGAUCCAAGUUACACGUCGAACGCCAGCGACAGCGAAAGCAGUACAAGCGCUCGAGCUGAGGACCCUAUCCUGUCCUACGAAGCCGUCGUUCAAUUUGAAUUAAAGUACACAAGACCGGUGAUUGUACUUGGUCCGCUUAAAGAUCGCAUCAACGACGACUUAAUUUCUGAAUUCCCGGACAAGUUUGGCAGCUGUGUCCCACACACGACCAGACCCAGACGAGAUUACGARGAAGAUUCACGAGAUUACCAUUUUGUUGCUUCUCGCGAGGAAAUGGAACGAGCGAUUCAAAAUCACAUGUUUAUAGAAGCUGGACAGUACAAUGAUAACUUGUAUGGYACGAGCGUCGAAUCGGUGCGCGUCGUAGCUGAAAAGGGUAAACAUUGUAUAUUGGAUGUCAGCGGUUAUGCUAUCAAGCGUUUACAAGUGGCCCAACUUUAUCCCAUCGCUAUAUUCAUCAAGCCCAAGUCCAUAGAAUCAAUUCGAGAAUUAAAUAAGCGGCUAACAGAAGAACAAGCACAGAAAACCUACGAUAGAGCCAUGAAAUUAGAACAGGAAUUCGGGGAAUAUUUUACUGCUCUAGUACAAGGCGACACUUACGACGAAAUUUAUACUCGAUCGAAAGAUGUGAUUCGUCAACAAUCUGGUCCAGUCAUUUGGAUUMCGUCCAAAGAGAAACUUUAAUACUCGUCGAAACCCCAYUAAUCUAAAACUGAAUACAUGAUGGAGCAAUAGGAAUGGGUUCCCUGUGUAGGCCGGCACUCCCAGGUUAGGAAUGCCUGGUUACUAAUGGGUUGGUUUUUACGCGUCACCUUGAUUAGCCAAURAGGUGRWUGUUUGGAAGCAUUUUUAAACCACAAUCAAGUUUGUUUUCCAUAUAUCGUUUUCUAUCGUAUUAAACUGUUAACAGUGAUGGACAACUUCAAAGAACCGCACAAUCGGAAUUAAUUGUUUAUCCUAUCUAGAAUCAUCGAAUACACUUUCCCAUUUACCAGAAAA